AUACGAGAAAAAAAAAAUAAAUAUUUCGAUCCGUCAGUGAAUCACACACAAUCAAAUGCAAUUAAAUAAUUUUCAUAAGUAUUUAUGUACGUGUGAUUAAUUUGUGCGUACGUGUGUUAAUCAAGGUGAAUUCAAGAGGGGCUCUAUAAAAUUGUAUGGUCGGUCAAAAUUAAAUAAAAAAUAAUUAUCAAAAAAAAAAAAAAGUUAGAAAAAAGAAAGAGAGAGAGAGAGAGAAUGAAGUUGAAUAGUUUUUAUUAUUGACAUAAGUGUUGGUGAAAAAUAAUUUAUUUUCUAAAUAAUAAUUUAGAAAAUUUAUUAGUUUCAUUGUACAAAUAAUAGUGCAAGUAGUUUUUAUCUAUGUAAAAGUUCCAACGAAGACACCUUGACUCAUCUACAUUCUAAUAUUUGGAAUUAUUUUUUUUACUUUUGUUAUCACAAAAAAAUAAAUAUUAUCUUUUGUUAAUUAUCAAUUGGCAGUCAACAAAAAUAGAAAUUAAAAAAAAAAAAAAAAAAAGAAAGUUUAUUAAAUAAUGUCACUUUCUGUCUAUUGUUUAUGAAAAAAACAAAUAAAAAAAUAUCUUGAAAAAAUUGUAAAAAGGUGAAAUUUAAGUGAAAAAUAAAAUACAAUGGCACUUCCACAGAAUCCAGGGAUGGAUCCCUGGAUAAUUCAGCCACGUGAAAAACAAAGAUUUAUUGAACAAUUUGAAUCACUGGGACCAGUUAAUGGAGUAGUAAGUGGUGAACAAGCAAAACCAUUUUUGCUUCUAUCAAAAUUACCACCACUAGAUUUAGGUCUUAUUUGGGCUUUAUCAGAUACUGAUUCUGAUGGUAAAUUAAAUGUCAAUGAAUUUAGUAUUGCUUGUAAAUUAAUAUCAUUGAGAUUAAAAAAUAUACCUAUACCAAAUGCACUACCACCGACAUUGAUACAAAGUUUAAGAACACCAAUACCAGGAAUUCAAAAUGUUGUUAAUGGAGGUGUUACAAUGCCAGUACAGGCUCAACCAUUAAUGUCGUCAGGUGUUCCAAUUGCUGGUAUUGCUCAACCAGCAAGACCAGUUCCACCAAUGGCAAUGCCACUAGCAUCACGACAAUAUAACCAGAGUAUGGGUACUAGUGGUACACUUCCAUCAUCAAAGCCACCCGCUCGGCCUGCACCACCCUCCAUUGGAGUUGUCACUAAUAUCAGUGGAGCACCACCACCACAAAGACCUGCACCACCUAUUAGCAUUGGUUCUGGAUUUAAUGCAACGACAGGUGUUGCAUUACCACCACCAAAACCAGCACCACCAUCAUUUCCAAAUAGUCCAGUUGGAACAACAGGAAUAAUACCACCAAUUGGAGGAGUUGGAUUACCUGGAAUGACAAUGCCACAAGUUGCACCAGUUGCACCAUUAAAUACAAAUCCAAGUCCAAUUGCAGCAUUUGGUAUGGGACAAGGUGUUGGUGUAAUACCAUCAAAUGGAAUAAUUUCAGUAUCACCAUUAGUAACACCACCAAAUAAUAUAACUGGUAUUAUUAAUAAUAAUAAUCAUACACCAGUAUCAACAAGUACACCAUUAAGUACAACAGCACGUCCACCAAGUAUUGAUAGAGUUGGUUCAAUUGAUUCACAACAUAGUCAACAUUCAGUUGGUUCAAAUGGUUCAACAUCAGCAGCAUCAGCAACACUUGAAUGGUCUGUACCACAUCAAACAAAAUUACGUUAUACACAAAUAUUUAAUACACAUGAUAAAUCAAGAUCUGGAUUUUUAACUGGUUUACAAGCUAGAAAUAUAUUGGUAGAAACAAAAUUACAACAUGCUGAUUUAGCACAAAUAUGGAGAUUAUCAGAUAUGGAUUCAGAUGGUAAACUUGGAUGUGAUGAAUUUGUACUUGCAAUGCAUUUAUGUGAAAUUGUUAAAUCUGGUGAAAAAUUACCAACUGUAUUACCAAUUGAUUUAAUACCACCAGCAUUUCGUCGUCAACGACAAAGUAGUGUAUCAUCACAAGGUUUACCAGAUAAUAUUGAUGCAUUAGCUGGUAUGCCACAAUCAUCAUUUGAAGAUAAAAGAAAAGAAAAUUAUGAAAAAGGACAAGCUGAACUUGAUAGAAGACGUAAAACAUUAUUUGAACAACAAAAAAAAGAACAAGAUGAACGUGAAAGAAAAGAACGUGAAGAAGCUGAAAAACAAGAAAAAAUACGUAUUGAACAAGAAAGACGUAGACAAGCUGAAAUUGAAAAACAAAUGCAAAGACAACGUGAAAUUGAACAAGAAAAAGAAGAACAACGUAAACGUGCACAAGAACAAAGAGAAGCAGCAAGAAAAGAAUCAGAAAGACAAAGACAAUUAGAAUGGGAAACACAAAAAUCACAAGAAUUACAAGCACAAAGACAAAAAGAACAAGAUAUAUUAUUAAAAUUAAAAGCUAAAAAUCAAGGUUUAACAAUUGAACUUGGUACAUUAAAUGAUAAAGUUAAAGAAUUAUCACAAAAAAUAUGUGAUACACGUGUUGGUGUAUCUGGUGUUAAAACAACAAUUGAUGGUAUGAGAUCAACACGUGAUUCACAAUUACAAGAAAUGUCAGCAUUAAAAAAUAAAUUACGUGAACAUAAUCAACGUUUAUUAUCAUUGAGUCAAGAAAAAGCAAGAAUUGAAGCUAAAAAUAAAAUUAAUUCAUCAACACAAGAUAAUGCUGGACAAGAAGCUGUUAGAAUGGCAUUUGCAAAUAAACAAAUAACUUUAAAACAAUUAAAAGAUAAAAUUCAUGAAUUAGAAAAAGAAAUUAAUGAUAAAAAAAAUGAUAUUGAAAAUAAUAAUAUACAAUUAAAUGAAUUUAAAAUUAAAAUGAAAAAUUUAACAAGUGAUUGUAAAACAUUAUUUUCAACAUUUGAUAAUAAAAAAAUACAAAUAUUAGAAUUAAAAAAAGUUAUUGAUAGUGGUAAUGUUAAUGAUAUUGAUUAUACAAAUACAGCAUGGGCUGAUAAUGCAUGGUCAUCAAGUGAUCAAGUAUCAAUUGAUCAAACUAAUAGUACUGCAUGGACAAAUGAAUCAACAGAACAAUCAGCAACAACAACAACAACAACAACAACAGCAACUUCUGAUACACAACAACAAGAAGGUGUUAUUAAAUAUCGUGCAUUGUAUGAAUUUGUAGCAAGAAAUGAUGAAGAAAUAUCAUUUCAACCUGGUGAUAUUAUACUUGUUCCACCAGUACAAAAUAAAGAACCUGGUUGGAUGGCAGGAGAAAUACGUGGACAUACAGGCUGGUUUCCUGAGGCUUAUGUAAAACGUAUUGAAUCAGAUAAUGCUGAUGAUGAUAAUUCAAAGGUAUUUGUUCAACAAGAUAGUGUUGAAAAAAGACCACUUGAAGAAAUUGUUGAAGUACCAGAAAAUGUUUCUGAUGCUGGAUCAUUGGGUGGUGAAGGAGGUGCUGCGGUUGGAUCUGUUGAUACUACAACAACUAAUACACAACCAGCAAUUGAAACAACAACUAAUAAUGAUAAUGCUGAUUAUUAUAUUGCAUUGUAUCAAUAUUCAUCAACUGAACCAGAUGAUCUUAGUUUUACUGAUGGUGAUAUUAUUAAUGUUACUAAAAAAGAUGGUGAAUGGUGGACUGGUAUUAUUGGUGAACGUAGUGGAUUUUUUCCAUCAAAUUAUGUAGAAAAAUAUCAACAAAUUGUUAAUCAGGCUGUUGUUAAUCCAGUUGCUACUGAUGUUGUCAAAAAUUCAACUGUCGCUGCAUCAGUUCAAGAAAAAAUUACGGAAAAAACAGCUGAACAAAUUGAAGAUGAACGACAAGCAGCAGAAGAUCGUGCUGAAUUGCCUGAUUUUACAGCAAUGUCAUCACAACAGUACUACAAGGGACGUGGAAAAAAACCAGAAAUUGUUCAAGUACAAGCACCAUAUCAAGCAACAAGUUCUGAACAAUUAAGUCUUCAAAAAGGUCAACUUAUUAUGAUUAGAAAAAAAACUGAUUCUGGCUGGUGGGAGGGUGAAUUACAGGCAAGAGGUAAAAAACGUCAAAUUGGAUGGUUCCCUGCAUCAUAUGUUAAACAAUUGACAAGUAGUAGUAAUCGUUCAACUCCAGUUUCUCAUCGUUAUCAAGAUUCACCAACAGAUCCUAAUGUUGAACGAGUGAUGGCAAUGUAUCCACAUCAAGCACAAAAUCCAGAUGAGCUGAGCUUUAACAAGGGUGAUGUGAUAACACUUCUUGAUAAAAUUGAAGAAAAUUGGUGGAAAGGUGAACUGAAUGGUGUUAUUGGAAUAUUUCCCAAAGAUUACGUCUCAUUUAUGUUAUCACCAAUGGAUCCAAUUGAAAAAAAACGACAGGAAUCAAUUAAAGAACUGAUUGCAACUGAGGAAGGAUACAUCAAUGACAUGAGACUUGUUCAUGAAGUAUUUGAAAAACCAUUAAUUCAAAGUAUGGUAUUAACUGUUGAUGAAGUUGAAAAAAUAUUUGUCAAUUGGAGAGAUAUUAUUGCUUGUAAUGACAAUUUUUUGAGGACUUUAAGAAUACGACGUGACAAUAGUGAAGAUGGAAUUGUAAGAAUGAUUGGUGAUAUACUUUGUGAAAAUAUACCAAGAAUGUCAGCAUAUGUACGUUUUUGUAGUUGUCAAUUAACAGCUGCUGUUUAUCUACAAAAAUUAACUGAAACAUCACCAGAUUUUGUAUCAAUUGCACAAGCAUGCCAACAAGAUCCACGAACAAAAGGAAUGCCAUUGAGUUCAUUUCUUAUAAAACCAAUGCAAAGAAUAACAAAAUAUCCAUUAAUUAUAAAUAAAAUACUUGAAUAUACACCAAACGAUCAUCCAGAUAGACAAUAUUUACAAGAAGCAUUUUCAAAAGCUGAAGAAUUUUGUACACAAGUUAAUGAAGGUGUAAGAGAAAAAGAAAAUAGUGACAGAUUAGAAUGGCUACAAACUCAUAUUAUUAGAAGUGAUAAUGCACUUGAAGAAAAACUUGUAUUUAAUUCUUUAACAAAUUCAGCUGGUCCUAGAAAACUUUUACAUCAUGGAAUUUUACAAAAAGUAAGAAGUGGUAAAAUUUUAGUGACAUUUUUAACAAAUGAUUUUUUACUUUUUGCUCAACCAACAAAAACAUUACCAAUUGGUCAACAAUUUUCAUUUGAAAGAAAUGAUAAUUUUAAAUUUAAACUCUACAGAAAACCAAUAUUUUUAAAUGAGCUUUCGAUUGGUGCUGAACAAAAUUCCAAUAUAAUAAGUAAUGAAAAUAAUGAUAAUUCAGCUAGAACAUUAUUACUUCGUGAUUCAACAAAAAAACAAAUAAUAUUAUUUGCACCAUCAGUUAAUGAGCUUAAUCUUUGGAUUAAAAAACUCAAUGAAGCACGAAAACAAUUUGCCAAAAAUGAAAAGAAUCUAUUGCAAAGACAACGGUCAAGACAAGCUCAAUUUGGUGCUUGUGGAAGAAUUCUUGUUACUGUUCAACAAGGAAGCAAUUUAAAAAAUCCAGCUGGAAAAUGUAAUGCAUUUUGUAAAGUUUCAAUGGGAUCUCAGGAAGAAAGAACUCGUGUUGUUAGUGGUACUGAUUGUCCAAUGUGGGAUACAUCAAUGCAAUUUCAAAUUAAAGAUUUACAAGAAGAUACUUUGUGUAUAACUGUAUUCAACAAAAGUUAUUAUACACCUGAUGACUUUUUGGGACGUGCUGAAGUUAAAGUUGUUGAUAUUAUGCGAGACUGUCGAGAUUGUGUUGGUCCAAUUCAAAAAAGAAUAUUACUUCGUGAAGUUGACAAAGGAGAAGUUAUAUUAAAAUUAGAUCUUCGACUAUUUGGUAGCUAAAUUUUACUAAACUAAAAGGAUGAAGGAAAUCAAUUAAAUUACACAAUAAGCAUGCUUUUUUUUUAAUGGGUAUUUAUUGUCAUUUAAUGGCAAGUUAAUAUGAUUUUUUUAAAAAAAAAAAACAACAUAAUUUAAACUAUAUAAGACUUGACAUUACAACGAACAAAGAUAUAAUAAUAUUCUAGUUAUCUAGUCGUGAUACGUAUAUACAUCAACUGGUGGUAUAUAUAUGUACCAAGACAUAAUUUUUAUUAGCUACAUAAAAAUAUUAUUUCAAUAUUUAAUAUAUAAUAUAUUGUUUCCAUUUUUUUUUUUCUUUUUUUUUUCUUUUAAAUAUUCAUACGUAAGCAAAUAAUACCAAUGGAAAUUUGCUCAUAAUACUUUUCAAUCAUUGAAUAAUUAAACAACUGAUGAACAAAAAAAAAAAAAAAAAUAGAACAAAAA